CACGUUGAUAAGCACCGUAGAGUCCCGCUGCUCCUCAACAGGAAGCUCGCUGUCUUGCUGAUAUGUGGGCUGACUCAUGAACUCUUGUACUUUAGCAAUGAAAGCUCCCUGGUUUCAGCCCUCAAGACACUGCUGUUCUUCACCAUCCUGAUGGUCACGCUGCCCAUUGGACUGUACUUCGCAACGAAGGCGUACGUCUUUGAGGGUUCGAUGAAGAUGUCGAGCUCUGACAGCUACUUCUACGCAGCCAUCGUUGCGGUGCUCGCUGUGCACGUGGUGUUGGCUUUGUUUGUUUAUGUGGCGUGGAACGAGGGCACACCUAAAGGGAAGGGCAAAGACGAUUAAGGGCGUGUCCUUAACGGCUCGUAGGAUGGCAGACACGGGCAUGGAUCUGCAGCCCCCCCCCACCACCACCACCACCACCACCACCACCUUGGGGCUCCAGCACUAAACACGGCACCAUCUACCAACCAGACUGUUAGGGGAUCUGGUUUGCGCUUAGGCUUUGACCUGAGGUUGAAGCAAGAAACUACGUUAUUAUUCCCUGGCACGGGGUAGUGGAGGCUGUUGGGUGUGUGUUUUCGGCAGCCUCAGCAGGCCGCUUUUUGACUUUAUGUUCUCUCAAAAUUUUACUUUUGUCGACAGAGGACGGCCCCUAUUUUUAAGAGGCUUUGUUAUAAGCUGCCAUUUGGCUAAAUGCUAGAAGCCCCUCACAGUAAAGAGGUUGUCAUGUGGGAAAAUAUCUUGGGUUUUGGAUGCUGCGAGCGUGUACAAACACGCGCGCACACACACUGUAUGUACUUAGGUAAUUUGUAUGUAUGAAGGACUUGAUUUCACGUCCAUUCUGUGAGUUUGCGCUACUGAAUUGAUCAUUCUGUCCUCAAAUUUCAGUUCUCAUCUGCAUUCAUUUAAAAGUGACUCUUAAUCUUCUUCAAUAUAAACCCAUAAUGUGCUUAACUCUCAUGCUGUGUUUUGGAUCAAACUCUUUAUGAUGUCUUGUCCUUAAAAUAAUCCGAAUCAUCUGUUUGUCCCCGUAAACAAAUGUUUUUUUCUUUUUGUUUUAAAGUGUUUGUGAACUGUAGUUUGUGAUAUUUUGGAACUUUACAUUAAGAAACUUGCAAGAUUAAAUUGUAUUUAAAGGAAUGUUUUGUAUUGAAGAUGUUUGGUGAUUUGAGGAUGUAGAUGUAUGUGAAGUUGGUGUGUUGCAGAUGAGAAUGGUGACUAUCUAAAAUAAAGUUGACAAUUUCUAACUUA